GUAAUUCCUGGGAUCUCUGGGCUCCACGCUUAAGUUCUCUGCUGAUUUCUGAACGCUGCUGUUCACGGAUGAAACGCUGAGACUCAGGUGACCAUGAUGCAUUUCACCUGCUCUCUGUGGGCGUGUCUGUGCUCGCUGUCUAUCACCACUGUUCACGCAGCAACCUUCAAGCUGGCCCUGAUUGGUCCCUGGUCAUGUGACCCCAUGUUUUCGCGGGCAAUGCCGUCGGCGGCUGCUAACCUAGCCUUGUCUCGGUUACGGGGUGACGCAGAUCUGAGCAGAGGAUUCUGGUACGACGUGAAACUGCUGAACGAGGACUGCUCCGCAUCCAAAGCUCUGACUGAACUAGGAGAGAUGGAGGGAUAUGGCCACGCCUACAUUGGCCCCUUUAGCCCCGCCCUCUGUCAUGCUGCUUCUCUAAUGGCUCAGCAUUGGGACGCAGGACUUGCAUCUCCAGGCUGUCUGGAUCCUGUUUGGCUGAACCUUCCUCCAAUCACCCCCCCCAGCAAAGUCUUGUUCACGGUUCUCAGGUUCUUUCGCUGGGCGCAUGUUGCUGUGGUUUCAGCCCCCACUGACCUCUGGGAGAGCACUGCUCAGGAGGUGGCCUCCUCCCUUCGUGCUAUGGGACUGCCGAUUGGUCCUGUGGUUUCCAUGGAGACCAACAGCAAGGAGGGGGCCAAGGAAGCACUGUAUCAGAUCAAGAUGGCUGAUAAAGUCAACGUGGUCAUCAUGUGCAUGAGCUCCGUCCUGAUUGGUGGAGAGCAUCAGAGGGAGCUCCUCCUGACCGCUCUGGAGAUGGGGAUGAUCUCUGAUGGUUAUGUCUUCAUUCCCUACGACGCUCUGCUCUACGCUAUGCCCUAUCAGGACAUGACCUUCCACCAGCUGACCAACAGCACGCAGCUGCGCCACGCCUACAGCGCCGUCCUGACCGUGACCAUGGAGUCGGAUCAGAACUUCUACCAAGCCUUUCGUGAGGCUCAGAUGAGGAGAGAAAUCCGCUCCGCCAUCGCUGCCACAGAGGUGUCUCCAGUGUUCGGGACCAUCUACAACAUGGUUUACUUUGUGGCUAAGGCCGUGGAAGAGCGCCGUGUGGCGGGCGGCGGUCACUGGGUGACGGGCAGUCAGCUUUUACAGUCAGAUGGAGGUUUUGAUUUCCAAGGUUUCAACCAGGUGCUGUAUGGAGGUAAAGGUGGGCGUGGCCUUCAGGCCCGGUAUGUGGUGCUGGACAGUGAAGGCGACCGCCUUGUUCCUACUCACUCUCUGGCUCCGACCCACACCGAUGGGACGGUGGGAGGUCUGAGGCCUCUGGGCCGAUCCUUUUUCUUUCCUGGAGGAAAACCUUCCAAAUCCAGUUUCUGCUGGUUCAGUCCAGAGGAGGCCUGCAGUGGAGGUCUGGAUGCCGUCACCCUCUUCUUCAUCUUACUGCUGCUGUGUGCUGUGAUUGCAGCGUCCUUCUUUUGGAUCAGGAAGUACAAGAGAUCAGCAAAGCUGGCUAAACUGAUCCUGACUUUGGAUGACAUAGUCUUCAUCGACACUCAAGUCAGCAGGAAG